AUGCCGACAGGGCUCCCCGAGAGUGGACUUGUGUCCAGCCGCGUGAGAAGGUCCAGAGCUCCUCUGAUCGCCUCGCUCGCAGUGCUCGCAGUGACGUUCUGGGCCUCUGAGAAACAGGACGCCGCUCAGGAAGCCUUUUUGGCUCAGCGGAGCCGCACACGGAGCGCCUUGUGCUCCGGCUAUUCCGUCUCCGGCUCAGGGUGGUCAUACUUGUCUGACAGGCGGCCCUCUUUCACAGCGGUGCAAGCGGGGAAGAAGGAAUGGUUCGGGAUCAACGAUGUUCGCGUUGUGAAGCGCAAUCCCGAGGACGUUGCUGCUUUUCACGAGAAGGAACGCACUCGCUGGCGCCAUGUGUACAACGAGGAAUACGUCGAGACUUCACAGGAUUUCUAUCCAGGUGAUCGCGUUGAAAUUAUCGAUGACGAGUCCGACUAUGAAGGGCAGCAAGGCGUCGUGAUUAAUUUCGAUUUCGAUGAUGGCUACAUGUCCUGCCAGACCACCAAUUCUCGAUAUCCGCUGACUGUGGUGCUCGACGAGCCGGCAUAG